AGUGCAAAAGCACCCAGUGAGCGUAGGCGCUACGGGCAGUAUAAGGACGCUGUACAGUCUUCAGAAUUGUUUUCCUCAUCGUACUUAACGACGAACAGACAUGGGCGUGAAAAUGAUGUCCAUAGCACCUGUGGUGCUUUUGGCUUUCUUCAGCAUUGGGGCAGAAGCCCAACGAUACACCAACUACUACGCUCGAAAUGCGUACUACGGACGCAACCUCUACGAACACGGCCGGUCGAUCUCUGACAACACCGUGACCUGCGGGCCCUACACCUGCGGUGUUGGAGCUCACUGCAUCCACGGCAGCGUGAGGCCAGUCUGCGCCUGCCUGGCAGGGCACUCUGGCGAUCCUCUGUCACAGUGCAUCAGGAUCGAGUGUGUUGAUAACAGCGAGUGCCGCAGUCACCAAACUUGCGUGAAUCAGCAUUGCGUCAAUCCUUGCGAGGGCACCUGUGGAGUCAAUGCCAACUGUGAUGUAAGAAACCAUGUCCCGGUUUGUUCCUGCCCAGCUGGCUACACAGGCAACCCCUUCUCUGCUUGCCGUAUAGCUGAUCCUGAGGAAGCUUGUCACCCGUCUCCAUGCGGACCCAACACCAAAUGCCACGUUGCCAACAACCAGGCCAUCUGCACAUGCUUGCCAGGAUACAGGGGUAGCCCACUUUCUGGUUGCCGUCACGAGUGCGAGUCUGAUGGCGAAUGUGGCGCCCAGCAGUCGUGCCGGGACUUCAAGUGCACCAGCCCGUGCAGUGACUGUGGAGUCAACGCUGACUGUGAGACCGUUGCUGCUCACCGCGCUGUUUGCAAAUGCCCAAGGGGCUACUUCGGCGAUCCUUACAAAAUCUGCACCCCCGAGUGCUCAUCCGACGGCGAGUGUCCCAGCUACAAGCCUGCCUGCGUCUACAACGCGUGCAUCAACCCUUGCACCAACGCCUGCGGUGUCAACGCCGACUGCAACCUGAGGGGACUCACUCCCGUGUGCUCUUGCCCUAAGACCAUGACUGGGGAUCCAUUCACCUUCUGCAGGCCUUUUGAAGCCCGUGAUCUCUGUGAGCCCAACCCUUGUGGAACUAACGCCAAAUGCACACCUGGCCACGACCGUACUGGUGCUGAGCGACCGGUCUGCACUUGCCCAUCGGGAUACAUUGGAAACGCUCUUGUAGCUUGCGAUAAGGGUGAAUGUGAACUGGACUCACAGUGUCCCGACCACUUGGCUUGCGUCGGCUACCAGUGCGUAGACCCAUGCCUCGGCAACUCUCAAUGCGGCUCGGGCGCUGUCUGCAUGGCUAGACGGCAUCUGGCAGUCUGCACUUGCCCUUCAGGCCGCAACGGUGAUGCCCUCGUGAACUGCUACGAGUCUCGCUCGGAGGCUGCGUCUACCCGCUACUACCGUUUCAAGAGGAACGGUAACUUCACUGAGCCGGAGCCCGAGACCGCUGCCUCGGAGGUGACUGAGACCGUCGUCGAAGAAAAAACCGAGGAAAAGAAAGAAUAAACCCUGUGAUAAGAUAAUCGAAGAUACUCACGAACUGUCCAAUCGAUAAAGUGCCAAAUGCGAAAUUCAUUUUAAAAUGUAUAACUUUCAAACCCGCAUUUGGACUCAGUAAACAAGUUUUAUUGUUAAUACGAGUAAAAUAAGCUUGCAUGUAACUAAGUAACAAUUGAAAAUUACGUUUUUGUAAAAUAAUAAACUAAGCUGAGGUUACUUUAAUAUGUGAAACCUUAAGUUAAGGCAGUAAUAAGUAGGUGUAACUACUUUGUAUAAAGUUGUGACUUAAUAAAAAACGAUUAAGCUUUA